AUGUCUUCCACCGACUCUCUAUUCUCGGGCCAAUGCCCUUCCAAGCCAGCCCAUGCCUAUUCUAGCAUGUCCAGUGGCAGUUCCUCCGACUUGUCGUCCGAGCGCGUGAAUUCCUUCUAUCACUCGUCGGCUACUACUGGCGCUAUUGUGUCUUCCGGCACUUCAAGUACAACCUCUCCUCAACAGGCCGAGCAAAACAUGACGGCGCACCUAGACGGCAUCAUGGACCGUCUGUUCAAGAAAUAG